AUGUCCGAGACAUCGAAAAUGGACCACGAAAUGACCGAGCACAAUGGUGUCAAUAUUGGCGGCAAUGGCACCGAACUGAGUCGACAAGUUACUGUUGCUCUCAGUCCAGAGCAAUACGAGCGACUCUUCUUCCAGCCAUCAGCUCCUCGUCGUGGCGAUCUUGCAAAGCGGUUUGCGAACCCAACACUUCUCGGCCUCAUCGGCUUCUUGAUCCCAUACACAUCUACUAUCCUCAUUCUGUGCGGCUUUCAGGGCGCAGUGGCUCCGCAGUCUCUUGUUGGGCUGAGUGGUGAUUACUAUUUCUUUGGCUGCAUCGCGAUGAACGUUGCCGGGAUUGCCGAAUUUAUUCUCGGAAACACAUUCCCGAUGGCCGUUUUUCUAAUCUACGGCUCGCACUGGGGCAGUCUCGCCUACACACAAGAUCCCAUCCACAACACUACCGCACCGUUCGCGGAACUAGGCGGCGCCCAUGGUGCGGCGUACAAUUCUUCCCAAGGAUUCCACAACGUGACAAUGGCCAUCGCAUCAUUUGUCUUCCUCAUUGGCACGCUCCGCGUCAACCUCUUCUUCACUUUCACAUUCUUCGGCCUUGUCAUGCUGUUUUCAUUCAUCGCUGCUGCCGAUUUCAGCGUCGCCUCUGCAACCACGGAAGCUGGUCUCCUACACGUCGAGAAGCUGUUACGUAUCGCUGGUGGUUUUGGGUUCUUGGGCCUGAUAAGUGGCUGGUAUCUUGCGAUCUUGACUGCCUGCGAGGCUGUCGGCAUUCCUUGUCCUUUGCCUGUGCUAGAUCUAAGUAGCAAGGUGUUUCCUUCGAAGCCACAGACAGGCAAGGACAACUAG